AGGAUGGACCAAUUACUAUUUAAAAUAUUGCAUACUGUUUUUCGUUAAAUUAUUUUAAAUUAUUAUUUUUCUAUCUAGUAAAAAACAAAUUUCAUUUCCGCAUGCUAACAAGGAAGACUGAACUUAAAGCUCUUUACAUUGAUGAGAGAUGAUUAGAACAAAAUGUGGAUAUACGAUCAUCCAAUCAUACUCUCGGCAUUAUUGAUUUGUAACUAGUGUUGAUUACUUACGUUUUUUAUGAAAAAUGUUACUUUCAGUUUCGUACCUUAAUCCUAAUGCCUUCUAACCGAUUGUUUGUAUGUGCCCAAAUUAUCCCAGUAAUAAGGUGCGUAAUUCGGCAACAAAUUAAUCAACAUGAUAUUGCAUCUCUCGGUAAAUUUUUUCACCUUUGGAUGUUGUUCUCGUAGAAAGAUCCUUUAAAAUGAGGAAAUAAAUUUCAGGCUCAAUGGGGGAAACGGUUAUUUGAACAUAUUAUUGCGCCCUUUGCCGUAUGCCGGAACAAAACCAGCCUGGCUGGGCGGCUAAAGUGCUUUGGUUGUUGCAUUUUAUUUUCAUAUCUUCACCAAUGGAUCAAACGGCUUGUUGCUUUCGGAGGCUUCUUCUCGUAUCAUUCUCAGGCGUGUUUGCAUUUAUCGCUCAAGCUUCAACUUUUUAUCAGUUUCAAUUCAUUUGACUCGAAAUAAUUCAUCCCACCACAGGGCGUUCUUCCUUUGCUUCGAAACAAACCGCGUUCUCGUGAACGUACUUCGCCCACCGAGUGUCACUCGGCAAACGGUUUUCAACGCAUUAAAUGUGAGAGUGAUAAAAAAAUACAAAUUCAGCACCCCGAAUGAUUGAAAUUAUUCCCGCAAGAAGAACGAUGUCCAGCUCCAACUGGCGAAAUGAGCAUUUCCGGAGGGUUAAUUUCUCAACCUGUCGCCUUCACCUUGAACGGAAUGGACUGGAGCGUGAGUUUGUGGAGCAAACGUUGUUCCAGUUAACGUUUACUACGAAACAUUUACAAAACCGAAGAAUAAUAACAUUCAUCAAGCGAGUAAAGGAAGUGUGGAAAGUUCCCCGUUGUUGGGAGAAGUUGUCUUUUUGUGAGUUAAUUUAACGCUAACGGUUUAACCUUGGCAUGACAAAUAUAUGUACAUGCGAAAACGUAGGGAGAUUAUUCACCCACGAUCAGCAUUCAAGCGGUUGAGCUUUGCUUUAUGAUGUGAAAUAAUUUAUUAGGGGUUUUUUUGCAAACGACUGAUGCUUAGGGAUUAGGCUUUGGUUGGGUGACAUCGAUUCAUUUAAUUGGAAGAAAUUAGUACGCAUGAUGAUGUGACGAUAAAUUAUUCAUGUGUUUUAAAUUUCCUAAACAAAGUAAUGAGCCAUAUUUUUGACGAUCUUUCGAUGCCGCUGUCAACGGAUACAUUUUCAUGGCAGCAGUUUUGUCAAAAUGGCUGUUGUAGUUUUAUAUGACUAUCUGCAUUGAUUUACCUAUUUUCUUUUAAUGUGGCGUAUUCUGAUGAAUAUUUCAUAAUGGAAAUUGGAAGAUGAUGAAUUUGGAAACUUUCAAAUAACGUUAUCAUUAACAUUAGAAGUACCGGAUCAGUCAUUUUGGAUGCAACGCUUCAUUUUCAUCACAUUAUUUUUUCGGGUUUAACAAUCCUAAGGUAGUGGAACCUUGAAUUUUUAUAUAAAUAUUCUAUAGCACGAUCUCCAAUAAACAAUAAAAUAUACUCCAACUCUUAGAAAUUGUUUAGAACUUAACCACGAACGAAAAACGCUUAAAACGCUUAUUAGCUCUAGCGUUAAGGUUAAGACUUAGAUUCGAAGGGAAAAGCAAGUAACAAGAUAUUUAAUUGGAAUUAAAAGUAUAUUGAAGUCCAACAAAUCGUAUGUAGAAUAAAUAAUGAAUAAAUAAUAAAACUUUAAAAAAUACCAGGAAGCUAUUUUGUAUAUUUAAUAAUUCAAAAGCUAACAUCACAUGAAAAGAUUUUAAAAUGAGUUGAGUGUAGAAGUGUACACAUCUUUAAAUCUGAAGAUCAAUUUAUUACAAUCAACUAACUUGCAAUUUAUAAUUUUAAUGAUAAAUUGUUGAAAACUAUUGCAUAAUAAUAAAACUUGUCCACACAUGCAUACAUAGAACGCAUAAAGAUCAAUAAAAGCGUACAUGAACCAAUGACAUUUAUUUCCAUCAAACAUGAAUAUCGCUUUCGUCGAUAGCAAUCUAAGCUCGCUUUAGUUCGCUUCUCGUUUUCCGCCAUCAUACAAACAUCACUCAAUGUAGAUAAACAUCAUACAUCGUGGCGGAUCGCAACUUCCCCUUGCGUCUGUCAUCUGCGCGGAUUGAUAAAUAUAUCGCCGACGUUCGGAAAUGCCAUUCGGAAGCAUGGAAAGGUUGCACAAUUUGUCCGCUGCACAUUGCAGGCAGGCAUAAUUCUGUUGAGAACUUCGGUAUCCGGUUUCGGUUUAGUUUGACGAUUGCCACAGGUUAAGACAACGGUUACCGGUUUCGGGAUAAGAACGUCCUAACGGUUGAGAUAUGAAUAAAGUAAGAUUUAAUAUAUGACGUUAUGCAGAUUGUUGGAUAACGGGUGAGCUUGGGAAUGUAAUAACCAUCAAACUCGUGACGGACGAUUUGCCGGCAAAGCAAAAGAUUAAUGCAGCCCGGAAACAAUAUUUGCUCUGAUAGAAAAAUGUCUUCCAAAAAUUUAGAUAUUUUGUUGGUACAUAUUAAAGCUUCACUUAAACUUUAAAAAUUUGUACCCAAAUUCCUCAAUUACAUAAACCUCUGAAGAAUGAAGUGUGAUCAUGAUAUGUUUUACUGCUUCUAAUCAGUCUAUUUCUCUUCAGUUCGCUCUGAAAACUUAGGUUACUUGCUCAAACAGCUGGUUUUUAACAGGUCUUAUUCUCUGUUUUCAUUCCAGUUUCGCAUGUUUGGUAACUUUACAGAGAGACCAAAGAGAGGGACUUAGAGCAAGAAAGCAUAAAAAUGAGCAUAGCCGGUUUACUAACCAGGCUGAGAGCAUGCGAGAAUAUCAACAUGUUGGAAAAUUCUCUCUUAGCUUUACAAGUUGCAUCUUGCAGCAGCCACAGCCAGAUGAUUCCCAAACUUAGGAUCGAUCGGAGCUUUGUGUAAACGCAGCACCGGUUCGUUGCGUGGUCGUAUACGUAAAGACGGUAUUUUGAAAAAAAAAAGCGGUUACAUUAGUAUUUAUGGAGUAAGUUAAUUGUUUUAUCUACAGUUUGUGCUUGAAGCUGCGAAAGAAGUGAGAAAAAGGUUCUUGGUCGUGGAACCGUUCGUUAAGUGAUGAAAAAUAGUUGCACGCGAGUAUUAAGUAAUUGCAUCCCGGUUUAGCAGAAAGCGUGCACACGCAAUGGCUUCGGUCGAUCGAUCGCAGGAAGCAGGAUAAAUCACACUAAUGAGGGGUUGACAAUCCGUCACAUAAGUUGGCAAUUUUUGGACAGCGGAUUGACUGACUUUUCGUCUGCAAAACCAGUUCUAAAGCUACAGGGACAAAUCAGACGUGAGAGCAAGAUAACAUACAAGGCGAAAAAAAGAAAAGAAAGCAAAGAGGAAUUUUGGUACGAGAAAAAAAAACAACAUUAAGACAACGAAUCAGAUCUGGAAAAGCAAACGGAAUGAAAAUUCGACAAAGCAACACCAAAUCGUCCACGGUUCACGCCAACAUCCCUAUGUGUGGAGUGAUGUGCACCGUGCAAGUGAAAUUUACAAUUUCUUAAGAAGGAAUCCCACCGACCGAGGGCACAAGCCGGCUGUCGUGGAACGUAGUUGUCUCCGUGGUUCGUUACGAUUGUCCUGCGUUGGAUGUUUUUGGUGACACAAACGAUUUUUGGUGCAGUAGAUACAGAAAGUAUGAGAAAACAGAGAGGACCAAAAAAAUGUGGCGACAUUUUCGUCUGAUUAUGCCCCCGGUGGAGAAGGUGGCAGUUUAGAGUGGGGCUUCUUGAAUAUUCCAACCGUGCAUCGUACCCAUUCGCAGAACGCAGAUCGCUCAUCGCUCAGCAAAAGGUGAGAAAGCGCAAGCGAGCAGCCCCAGUCCGAGGCUGGGCGUAUUGUUAGCCCUACACAUCGAUCAACUGGCUAAAGCUCACCUCCCGAAAACAAACAAACGACAAACAGUCAAACCAGUUCCGUCCAGGAGUUGACAUGGUGACAUGUUGCUGCCGGACCAAACGUACGAACAGGCGACCCUGGGUCAGGAGCGACUGAGAAGCUCGUCAGCGUACAAUGACGGCGGCUUCCCGCGGCUGUUCGCUCUGAAGGCGCUCGACGUGAAGCGGUUGCAGCAGGAUCUCCGUGGAGCCAGUCUGUACGUCGAUGGUAGCGUGGGUGCGGAAUUGGCGGGCGUACUUGCGAAUAAUGAGAUGAAAUUUGGCAUUCGAUCGACGGAAGAGAAUGGUGAAGGCAGCGGUAGCAGUGGUGUCGGUAGCUCGGGAGAUGCGGGCAAUUCGAGGGACGGCAAGCGACAGGAGCUUGAUGUGCGUCUGUCGAUGACAAAUGGUGGCAGCAAACACCCAGUUGCUGAAAAGUUACCUUUAGCGAAGGAAUCCUCCGCGUUGUACCUGGAUUCGGAGAGUGUGUGGAGUGGCCGGGCAGCAUCUGCAAUGGCGAUUGGACACUCCGCUGCAAAAUCGAUCCGUUCGAUCGAGCGUAGCUGUGAGGCGAACGUUGCUACUAGAAGCCGCACGAAAAAUAGUCAAAGGGCGCCAUCAACGAGGUUGAAGAACCAUACGGAUCGAGGUAUUGGGUUGGAGUCGGGAAGUUCCGCGGACACUAGUCUAAGCUAUACGAGUAACUCCAGCGACGACGAUGAUUUUGAGGAUCUGGAAGGUACGUUAAAAUCGACGAGGCAACGUAUGUGUCAAUCCCGAAUGGACGGAGCGAUAGUAAACGGGAAGGAAUUGGCACUUGACGCACCUGCUCCACCUGAUGGUCCUGAUCCAGGUGAACGUGACGAUUACGACAAGACGUCGGAUUUUUUCAACAACAUUCCAGAAUUCCAAGGCGAAGCAUUGGGACCGUUCAGUAUUGCGGGCAAACGCACCGAGCCAGACUGGGGCACCAUACGGACAAACGUGGACAUCUUGCGUGCCUGCGAACUUUUCCUGAUGCGGCAUCGGAUGCGACCAGACUUUUUCUGCAAAUACAAAACAGCAAUGAAUCCGCCAGUAUCUGCACCGGCAUCGUUUCCAUUGUCCCGUUCCCGGACGCCCAUUGAUGUGCGGAAGCCAAAAAGCGUGUCACCGCCGAUGCAGAGGCCAGCAUCGCGGGCCCAUGGAGCGAUUAGCUUCUCGCGUGUCUCGACCACACUACCACACGAUCGAAAUGCUGCUGAUCGGCCAGGACCAAUCUACAGUGUACCCAAUCGGGCUGGCAAAAAGCGACGUCCAAAUGCGGGUAAGUUAACACGUUAUUUUGUGGCGUUCUUUAAGGCCCACGUUUUAGGCCCAUGUAUAUAUGUUGUUUUUUCUCACCUUUCACGAACUGCGAGUUACUGGUACGAGUUUCGUCGUAGUCAUGGUGCUUUUUUUGGCUGUUCAAAUUGAAAUUAAUGACCAAAUUAAUCCGAUCGCUGACCGAACCUGACACCGGUCAGCAUGACGCUGGCGUUCUUCGGUUGUAAACGUAUGUUUGGGUUUUGGUGAAACACUGCAAGCGCCAGGGCUUCGUGAACGAAUUGGAAUUUCAACUCACAUGAUUAAUUCAUAGCUAUUGCAGCUAUUAAUUAUAUUUUUCUGCAAUUUCCCAUGAUCUUCCUUUCAAUUCGAUCUACUUCGUUAUCAUAUACCAUAACAAUAUCGCCAAAAUUAGCUCCACAGCUCCUGAUACAAUCUGAUCAGAGCCAUUAUUAAGUUUACCAUUGCUACCAUUAGUGGUUGGGUUAUAGCUUUAUUUGUCUACAAUUUUUGGGAAGUAAGUAAAAUUUUUAAAAAGAAGUUUCACAGAUGAUGUCCUGAAAAUGAUGACUUUGACCGUCUCAAGUCCCGCCUAUCACUCAACUGUCAUCAGUACUAUUCGAAGAUCGGACAUUCACACAUGAUCCAUAAUGUUUCUGGCAAAUAAUCCAUCAGCCUUUAGCUGAACCGGGCUGUCAAGCAUCAGCAAACUUGAUUCGGUAUAGGUUUCUUCCGCGUUAUUAAAUGUGUAUUACCAUCCCUAAAUCAAUCAUGCAACAAUUAUGAUGUUCGGCACGCAUGCCAGCAUGUGUUGAAAGUUACCGGCACUGUUAUGAAUGUUACUGGCGAUGAUCGAGAGGAUUCGCUGUUUGGCUCAAGGGCCAACAGGUAAGGGUGCAUAUUUUUUUUAAACAUUUAAAUCUGCAGAAUUUUGGAAAUAUGAUGCUGACAUGUUAGCUUUUAUACGAAGGCAACAUGAAUGAUCGAUCGUCAGUGGUGGAAUCCGCUUUGAAAUAUCAGAAUUUGGUAUAGGUCUGGUAAUAUUACGAAAGUAUUGCGUUUUUAUUAUCUACAUAAUUGUAGCAAUAUUAAAUGAACGCCAAUUUUGAGCUUGAUUCUUGAUGAGCGUUUGGAAAAUCAAUUGAAGCUUUAAACAAAACAUCACUCAACAAUACAAACAUAUUACGCACAUUAGCAGGCUUCAUAAAUUGAUGAGUAAUUUUUCGAUAAAUAAAUCUUUCAUCAGGAAUUACCAUUGGCAUUGUGCAGCUGACAAGUUAUCAUUAUGUUUGACAACAUCAAAAAAGGAUCCACCCAUCACAGUUGUGAGGCAGGGGUUUGCGAGUGUGCCGUCGUUUUUUUGUGUGAAGUCUACAUCCAUCAACCACUGAUGAGAUCGUCCAAUGACACGGCAGAGACGGUUCUGCCACAGUAUUUGAUUUCGACAGCUUUUCAACAUGAGCACGGGCACGAUCUCAAGUCAAGUGCAGACACAAGGUUAAGGGAGCAAGAAAUGAGAAAAAAUGAUAAUUUAAGUUGUAUUAACAGUUCCGUGGCAGGUAAUUUUUCCUUCAUCGUCCAGAUUUUGAAGAGUGAGUUUACGCUUUCGAUUGUUAACAGUGCCCCGUUGGUGGCAAGGGGCAUUGUUUUCCCCCAUUUCCCCAACAUUCUCACCCUUCCCUACGGUGGGUCUUUCGUCGAUGCCUGAUGAUUCUUUUCUUCCUUCUGGCCGUUGUAUCUUGAAACCCAUUUCCUGUGUUUCCAUUCGUCCGCUUCGUUCCUGUACUCGAUUCGGGACGGGGUGGUUUUUUUAAACAAUUCAUUUUACCGCUCGCUCUGUCCAUUCGAGUUGUGAUCGGAUCCUCAGCCAGUUAUCACACGCUCGCCCGGGACGAUAUAGCCCCCCAAAAGGACGAAAGGGAAAAAUAAAUACAAAAAAAAACUACCUUCUCUUGAGAAUCCAACCAAGCAAUGAGAAUAACUAUCGGCUGGCGCAUGCUGGAACCACGCGAAACGCUAAAGGUUUCAUUCAAUUAUACGUUGCAAGUGAGCGAUGUUAUCAGUUUAAAUUCAAUUUUGAUUAACAUAAGUAUCCCCGGUGCGAUUAAAAUUUAUGAUUCGUGAAAUACCAGAAAAUGGGCCCUUCGCUCGACGAAUAAUGCGAACGAACAAAAUAAACAACCGGAGCGUGAUAAUGCGAUCGGUUCGCGAACGAAAUACGGCACAGUGGUGUAAAGAAACUGCAACGCAGUUGGGACGUGCCCAGACGCACGCAGUAUUAGCAAAGGAAAAGUUGAAGGUUGAAGACUUGCAGUGGUUCGCUUGAGAGUAAAUGCGAUGUGGAUUUACAGGGUUCACGGCGGUAUGUCCAGUCGGAAAGGGGGAGCAGGGGGAAUAUUUGACUGCUUCGUAGAAUGAACGUCUUUUUAAUGAGAUAAACAUGAUAAAAAAUGUAUGUAGGCGGGUGAGAACAACGUUGAUAAGCGUGUUGUUAAGAAUGUAUCGAAAAUGACUGAGAUCGUACUGCAAGAUAAAAUGUCGAACGUUCCUUUUUACAAUGUAGGGGAAAUAUUUCACGUUGAGAAAAUGUGGUGUGUAGCUUGAAACGGUUGGGAUAGUAGAUGAAUGAGGAAAUGAAUGGUUAUUUGAAAAGGUAGAAUAUUUAUCAAAAUAUGAUAAUAAUGUUUGGAAACAUGAUCAUGCUAAAACAACUGUUUUUCAUCUAGUACUAACUUUGUGCUAAAUCUCCUAUUCGAUGGCGUUGGCCAUAAAGCUCAGUUGAAAGCUUUAUAGCAACAUAAAAGCUUUGAAUGAACUUUUCCCAAAUGGACAAUAUCGCCCUCUCGCGCAGCAACUUGUGAUUUUCAUUAGAGCAUGAACAAAAGAAUUGAAAGCGACAGACUGAGACUGAAAGUAUAAGUACAGUCAUUUGAAAAAAGCGAUCCUAGAUGGAUUAAAUUAAUUACCUGAAAAUGUUCAAGCUUCUUCCAACUACUGAUGCGUUGUUGUUUGUUGUUGAUACAGUUUACAGAAGCUUUGAAAAUUUAUUCUUUCGCCUUUAAUCACUACUGAAUGUGUGCCGAAAUGUUCGCCUCGUCAUAAUUUUCGGGCGAAAACACGAAACUGCCACAUCGGUACCUAAAGCUUCCUAAAGCUUUAAAGCUUCUAUGGAAAGACAAGAAAAAUUUGCUUUUUGCAUUAUUUUUAGUGGAAUACGAACCUACAAUUAAAUAUUAGAAAAUUCUAGAAAAUUUCAUUCAAAAGGAUCUUUGUUUAAGAUAUAGCUAUACAUUUCUGAAGCACAUAGCUUUAUAUUAUGUAGUAUGUAUAGAAAUACAUUAUGAUCUGAGACUUGCUGCCAA